GCUGUAUUGGCGCGCGGGCACGUGUGGACGCUGUCACGACGUGAAGAUGCUCCAAACGAAACCUGCUCAGUUCCGUAGGAUUGCAGCCACUUCUGAAUAAUUUAAGGGUGAAGCGGCGUGGGGAUAAAAGGUGAGAGGGCGCUCGGACAGUUGGAGGAGUUGGAUCAGAUCAGCUGUUGCUGCGCCUUUGGGACGUUUGACCUCAGCGCGCAGACCAUGACUGUCACAGGGUCGGACACACCUGUACCUGUCCUGAUGUGAGGAGGAGGAGCUUGUUCCUGGGAGGAGGAGCCACACCGCUGCUCUGUGAAACACGGACUUCUUUCUGCUUCACGCGCGGAGCAGCUCGGGCUUCAACCCACGGACACGCGGCUGACGUGACCUCGCGACCAUCAUGCUUAUGAUGAUGGAGAGCGGCGGAAUGCACGCGCGUCCGGUUCGUUCUGGAUUUGAGCCUCACGGACGCUCGUGCGCCUGGCCGCUGCCGUGCACGGAGGAUUUCCCCUGCGCGGCGGAGGCGCGUGGCGGGGGUCCAGCGUCUGUCAAAGUGGAGCAUUACGACGUUCCCGCGUGCCGGGCCGAGAGCAACGGCGCCGCGCCGGCAGACAUUAAGCACCCUGCGGGCGCGUCGGCCCCUGAGGUGGCGGCCCCCGCCCGCGUGUCCGGAGCCGCGCUAGACGUGACGGGACAGCUGCGCAAAGCCAAGUCCUCGCGGCGCAACGCGUGGGGGAACCUAUCGUACGCGGACCUGAUCACGCGUGCCAUUGAGAGCGCGCCAGAGAAGAGGCUGACCCUGUCCCAGAUCUACGACUGGAUGGUCCGCUUCGUGCCGUACUUCAAGGAUAAAGGAGAUAGCAACAGCUCCGCCGGUUGGAAGAAUUCAAUUCGACACAACCUGUCUCUGCACAGCCGCUUCAUCCGGGUGCAAAACGAGGGCACAGGCAAGAGCUCCUGGUGGAUGCUCAAUCCAGAAGGAGGCAAAAUGGGAAAGGGACCCAGGCGACGUGCAGCCUGCGUAGACGGUGGAACGCGCUGUCUCAAAGCCAAGGGUCGGAUCAGCCGAAAGAGAGCAGUUGCCAUUGGUCCUGGAUCAGGACAGUUACAGGGUUCUGGUCCAGCUCUGCAGGGAUCACCAGAGCAUGGAAGUCCUGCAGGGAAAGGGGGUGCAGGCAAGGGUAGUGAGGAAUAUGACACCUGGACCGACAUCCAUUCCAGGACCUCAUCCUCUGCCUCCACACUGAGUGGCUGCUUGUCUCCAAUUCUUGCAGAUGCAGAGGCUAAUGAACCUGAGGAGGAGGGGUUUUCCUGCUCAACCUCUCCUCAGCUUUACCCCAGUCCCACCAGCACCCGCUCGCCUGCCCUGGGAACUGGAGGCCACUGCCCCACUGUGGAGCUGCCUCAGCUAACUGACCUGACCGGAGCUAUUAGCCUAAAUGAGAGUAGGUACCCCCAGCAAGCCCAAAUCAAAUGCAAUGGCUAUUCUUAUGUGCCUGCACCAAAGUCUGAGGGGUCAUACUGCGGGCACAUGUACGGACAAUCUUCCAUAGGCAUGUUGUGGCACCACACUCCAAUGGAGACCAUCCAGGAAAACAAGCCAGUCAGCUUUCAGCGCCCAGUGAGGGGGUACUCAGAGAACAACGCCCUGCAGAGUCUGCUUACAGGGGGUCCUUCAUACUGCAGCAAAAAUGAACUUCUGGGACAGGACCGGGAAACACAAGCACUCUUGACGCAAGGAAGUGGCGUUCAUGGCCAGCACAAUCAGAAUCACAGCCAAGAGCACUCUCACAACCCCAGUUUACACAAUGGCUGUGGCUCAGUCCAUGACCAGAACACGACGCACCAUCAGAAUCACAUUCAGGGUCAUAAACACCAAGCCAACCUGGACUAUAGCCACAAGCCCCUCGCUGCCAACAGCUAUGUUCAGAGGCAUGAGCACAAAGUCAAUCUGAGCCAUGAUCACCACUCAAGCCAGAGUCACAUGCACAACACUCCUGUGCACAGCGGGCCUCCCCAGCAGGCACUGUCUCCCCAAAUGAGCACUGACGUCCUGCAGCCCUACACUCUCAAGACUUCUAACCACUACGGACCACGUCCCCACUUUCCAAAAUCCCCUGCCCUACCUCCAAACCCUGCAGGCAUCUUGGAUGUUUCCCAGGAUCCCUGCCACCUGGCAUCUGCUCCACACCCUCGUCAACAGUCCUACCCCCGAGCUCAUCAUCAAGGUGUUACUGACUCCUGGCAAGGCUACUAUCAUAACAACCAGCAGGCAGGGAUCACAGGAUACCAGGAGCACCAGCCGAGCACUCACAGUAGGAUGUCUGCCCACGUGGAGAUGGAGAACGCCUCUCAUAGUCUGGACUGUGACGUUGACUCUAUUCUGCUCAGUGAUUUCAUGGACACACAAAACAUGGACUUCAACUUUGACAGUUCUCUGUCUCAAGGGGUGGGGAUGGGAAUGGGCAUGAGUCUGGGGGCUUUUGCCGGCCCUCCACCGGCCCAAAACAACCGGAGUUGGGUACCGGGGUAAAGUCACACCCAAAUGGGACAGACAAACACAACCUGAGAGCUCAACUUCAGGGCUCAGCUGCUGUGGGCUGAAACUCUGAGACAUGUUGUAAUGUCAUUUGGUUUCCUGAGGACUUUACACUAUCACAUGAUGGUUUAUAACUUCUACCACUCUGUGUAAAGCCUUCUCUACGGGUUUGCUGGAUAUGAGCUCAAAGCGAAUAUACCCCCCCCCCCCCCCAAUUCUCGUCCUUUAGUUUUAUUUUGCGUCUUUGUCUCCCUGCUGCCAGACUCAUCCUGUCCGUCCUAAGCUUCCAAGCACUUUAUAUCAUCUCCUCACACUAAUGCAGUUACACAGAAACCAGGCAAAGUGACGUGUUGACUUCAGUUUAAUGUAUGCAAUCCACUUUACAGUAUUAUCCCCUCCCACAAAGCAGGACUGGAGAGCAUGAUCAAACAGUUGCAUAAAUAUCUCCAGUGCAGAGAUGCUCUCAGACUGCAGGUUAAAGCUCGAGGACGCUUUGAGGUUUAGGGAUAAAUAAAAAUGUUUAUUUUAAGGAAAGGAGGGAAAGAGCUCAAGUGGGGAUAUUGAAAACAAAGGAGAUUCAGGUAAGGUGUGAUCUCUGGCUUGUCUUGGCCAGUUUGGCUCAUGAGGACAGUGAUCCAUCAAACAACCAUCUGCACCCCUUCUUGAAACGCACCAUCCUUUCUUUAAUCUCCAAAGUAAUGCCAGAUUGAUGCAUCACCAUUGUAAAUCUAAUGCGCUCCUCUGUUUUUCAGCCCCUCCCCCUUUGUCUCCUCAACUCCCAGCGCACCGGCUUAAUGUGUUUUGGUGAAAGUGAUGAUAAAAGUCACUCUGCGCUAAUUCAGGGAGGGAUUGGAAAGGCUGUUUCUGCAAAAGGGAGCCUGAAUUCAAGGGAGAUAAGAAAAGAGCAGAAAUUCCCUCUAUGCCUAUUUUUCCCCCUUUUCCCCUCCACACAGUAAAAUAAGCAGUGAUCUGAGGCUGAGGUGCCUCAGUGUGGCACCUUCACCAGCGGACCUGGGAGGAAUUCAGCUAACAGGCGCAUUCAGGUCAGGAGGCUGGGGCUGGGCUGGUAAAGCAGCUGUCCUUAAAACUCCCCAAAACCUGCCAGAAUUCAAAGUUUGAAGCCCACCACGUGCUGAAACUCCUAAACCGACCCACUGAGGACCAGCAUUUGCAGAUUAUGGUUUGGUGCUAUCUACUCGUUCCAGGCUCACUCCUAUCGCGCCCCCCCAUCCCGAGGUUACUCGGAGGGUAAACAAGAGUAAUUAACCGACAAACAAGAUGGAUGAUUCAUGCGAGCGCGUGUGUUUGCUCACUAGCGUGAAGUCAUAACUCCUUCCCCCUGAUAGGGUGACGUUUGAGAGGCGGUGCCCAGCGUCUGGGUGAAGCAGCUCAGGAGGGGGUGUGCUGGCAGUAGUGUCCUUCAAGUGUCUCGCAUCCUUUAAACAAGCCCCUCCCCCUUGGCCUGCACAUGGCCUCCCUUUGCUGUGGUCUUUUCUGGUGCUUGUGCAGUUGUUCGUCCGAUGAGCUUAUGUGUUUCGUGCUCCAGGUCUGCAGCUGGAAAACAAACAAACAACGGUGUGUGGGGGGGUUGCUAACUACUUUCCUCCUCUGAGGACAGACAGAACAGAAACAUGUAAGAGUGGAGGGUGUAAGAGGCAAGCUACAUGGUAGGGAGGCGGUUAAAGUGUGAGAUUUUCCAGCUCGGCAGCUUUCUGUAAAAUUGUCUGUUUCCAUCAGGCCAAAUGUCAAGUGCUGCUCAGCUGGCUCCAGACAGCCACUUCUGGCUCCUGAUCAAAGACGGUGACGGGUAUUUCCACACACAUUUCUGUUGAUCCUUUUCUCUUUUCUUCACGUGUUAAGAUGGCCCAUUGUUGCAACCCAACUGUAAUUUGUUCUUUGGUUCAUGUGCACUUUUGCGUCAGGCUUUGUCGGAGAGUGAGCAGCAAAUGGACGUACAAGAACGGAUAAAGGGAAUUUUGGGGAACCGCACCUUUGCCCUGGUACGAUCCGUGGCCGGCUGAAAUAACAAAUUCAAUUUAUAUUUAUUGGUUGGGGAGAAUGGGUCUAUGAAGAAGCCCUCACUGUUUUGUCCUGAAAAAGAGGCAGGAUGCUAUUUCAGUCUGACUGCAUUUGAUUCUGUACAUAAUCUAUAUUGAGAAAAUUGUAUUAUAAUUCUUUUGCAAAUAUCAAUUUCUUUUCUAAAAUGAUGUAUCUGCUCAUCUGGUGACUGUAAAAUAAAACAAAGAGGAAAAUCAA